AGUGUUGGAACGCCGAGCGAAUAAGUUGUGUCCAAAACAAGUAAGAAGUACAGUUGAGUACUAAAGUGUUAGUGUUAUUGGAUUUAAAUCCAUUGUGAACACCCUGGGAUCUUUUGUAUCAGAUCCAGUAUGGAAGCAAUAAUGUCAGGGAACGCUACAAAAGAAAAUAUAAUGCAGCCAACGACACUUCAAGAGGCAAUAAACAUUAUUAAAUUCCUGAACACGACACAUAAACAAGAAGUUCUGAGGCUGAAGGAAGCAUAUACAAAACAAGCUGAUGUUAUAAAGAAAUUGGAAUCGAAUAGGAAAAAGGAAUUGGAAUUCCUAUCGGGUGAAUUGCAAAAAUACGAAGUAAAUUUAGCUCUUAGAACAGAAUCCGUUACAAAACAACUCGCACAGAAGGAUCUUAUAAUACAGAGACAGGCGGAAAAAAUUGAAGAAUUAAGUAAACAGUUGAAGGUGAAUGAAUUCAACGCCAGCAUUCCAGAAAUUAAUAUAAUGGUUGAUUCCAAUUCUGACUCAGGUGUUGCGUUAGAGAACGAAGACUGUAAAGCCGAGGAGAUUAAACCUGAACCGAAAACGACUAGAAAAUGUAGUCGAAGAUUUGGAGAUACAAUAAGUUUUCUCCGAAGGGUCGACUUUUCUCCAAUCAAAUAUAAACCAUCUAAUCGUGAAGGUGCCAAAAAGAAGGAUGAUAAGAAGAACAAAUUGCAAGUCCCGACUCCUGAUAAUAGGAUUUUCAAUCGUCAGAAUAGUAAUGAUAAAUCCCCUAGUGAUGAUGAGAGACCAAUCACCGAUGAAUCUAUAUUCUCAGACAGUGGUGUCGAGCCUGUGAUCUUGCGGUCAAACAAAGUGAACGAUAGUAUGAAUAAUCAUUUUUCUGAUGAUGGGAGCGAGGACACCAGUGAAGAAAUCUUCGAUAGAGUGAUGACCAGAAGCAGCAUCAGAAGAUCCGUUAAAGCUAAUCCUAAAUACAAGAAAAUAAAUAGAAGUAAAUCAAAACUUUUGGAACAAGUCAAAGUAAAUAUAAUUGAUUGAAAUGUUUGAAUUGUUCCUAUUAUGUGCAAUCCUGAUGUAUCAAUGUGAAAUUAUUAAAGGCUGUUUAC